AUUCACUAAUUCGCGUAUUAAGUGUCUUUCCCAUAAGGAAGGACGACGACCAAAACAGCUGAGAGCGAGAGAGAGAGAGAGAGAGAGAGAGAGACCGAGAGAGCGAGAGAGGGACCUAGGGAGAUCUCAACAGCGGUGUUCGUUCCUACCUCUCUCUCUCGACGACGCGCAUUCCCAAUUUCAUACAUUCUCCGUAAGAUUUGAUUGUCUGUUUUGCCAUUUGAAGGAUGCCUCUACUAAAAAAGAAGUCACAUAGACUACUGGAGCCACCAAAUAACUUGGAGCCUCAAGAACUUGUUUAUCAAGUUCGUCUCACAAAGGAGAUUUUUAGAGAUUAUCAAUUGUACUUGAAGAGGAUUAAUCUGUACCGCAAGCGAGUUUGGACAUGCAAAUCUACUGGUAAGACUACCUUGACCUACGAGGAGGCCUUAGACUCAGAAAAACUGGCAAGCAAGAAAGUUCAAACUCUGGCGAGAGAGCUAGUCGCACCUGCUUUACGCAUCAUCCAAUUCAGUACGCUGUCAUUGAAAGAUCUUGCUGACAAAAUAGCGACAGAGUUGCAAAAUUGCUUUUACGCUGGUGCAGAGUUGUAUGGAAAAAGGGAUGGGGAACUGCAUCCGUGCAAAAUAUUGAAGAUAUUAACAGAUGGGGAUAGUAGACCUCAGUAUGAGGUAGGCUUCCUUGACAAAGAUAAGGAAAUAAAUGAGAACACAGUGCUGUUUGGGGAGGAUCUGUCAUGGAAGAAGUUUCCAAAUAGUAGAAACUUUCUGAAGUCUUUCAUUAGGGAUUCCACAUGCCACAGUAUACCUUGGGUAGUAAAUGAUUAUCUGGCUAAAGCACAUGAUAUCACGAGAAAAAUUCCCAAGGAACUUCAGAACAAAUAUGUCUUUCAGAAUGGAGAACUGGUUCAACAAAGAAAGCAGGAAGAUAAAACCGGAAGGGAAAAAGGAAAAAGAAAGAGAGCAGAAAAUGGUAAACAGAUUGCAGAGGAGACAGAUAGAGAUGUUAAUGAGUCUGAGGAAGAGGCUAUCAAUUAUCCAAUUGAAGAUUCACUGUUGCCACCUGAUCUUGAUGACACUGAUAUCACUCAGCGAUAACAUUGAUCACAUGGGGAGAGUAUCUUUGUGAUUUCUUGGAAUCAGUCGACGCUUCUGAUUUGUGCAUUGACCUUGGAACGAUUAGGCGGGGACAUUAUGGUCUUUUGGACCCAAUUGUAAAAUUGAAAAUCUUAAGAGAAAUAGUGAACUAUAUAACUGUAACAAGUAUGUUCAAGGGGGAAAUAGAUGAGCUUGUUGAACAGCGGCAUGCCCUUGGAGCUGCUAGAAGAGAAGAAGCGUUGACAGAGGCCCGACAGAAAAGAGAGGAGAAAGAACGGUCCAAAACUGGCGAGGAAUCUAAUGGAGUUUUAGACAAUAGUAGGUUGGAGAUAAAGAAAAAUAGCCCACAAGUAACAGAAAGUAGUGAAGACAGCGAAAAGAAAGAGAGCACUGCAGGGGGAAGCAAGAUGGAGAAUGGGUUUGUUUCUUCAGAAAAUUUUGAAAAAUCAGAGAAAAGGCUUAUGGGGAAUGUCUAUCUGAGAAAGCACAAAAGGCAGAUGACGGGUAUUAAAAUCGAACCAAAGGAGGAGGAGAAGGGGGAGGAAGAUGAGGAUGGAGCAGAGGAGGAAGAGGAGGAGAAAGGAUUUUCAGUGAAGAAGCAGGAGGCAAAAUCGGCAAGUGAAGAUGAGAAAGGAGCUUCGGAAAGGAGGGGGCCCGAACAGAGGAGGCAAUAUUAUGAACGAGAGAUGGAGAAAAUAGUCAUACGUACAAACCCCUUAGGUAAAGAUCGGGAUUACAACAGGUACUGGUGGUUCCGAAGCAAUGGUAGGAUAUUUGUUGAGGAUUCUGAUUCCAAAGAAUGGGGCUAUUAUACCUCCAAGGAAGAGCUCGAUGCAUUGAUGGGUACGCUAAACCGUAAAGGAGAGAGGGAACUGUCGUUACAUAUACAGCUAGAGAAAUUCUAUGACAGAAUAUGCUCUACACUACAAAAGAGGACGAAGGACAUUGCUCACAACAUAGAAAUGGAAGAAGCAGUGGUUAGGAGAUCUACCCGUGUCAGAGCUCCACUUCAUGAAAAUCCAGCUAGUGCCUUCUUGAGAUAUGUUAACAAGUGGAAAGAGGACUAAACACGUAGCAGAAUUCAAUUCUGUAUAGGAAAAGCUUGCAGUUGCAGCCAUAGCCAAACUUACCAUUUUCAUCUUGCCUUCUCUUUUUUUUUUUUUUUUGGCUCAGUUUAGGGUUUAGUAGAGCUUUACAAUUUACAACAAAAAGGCAUAGCCUUAUGGUGGUAUGGUGAAAGGCAAAGCUUGAGUAGAAAGAUGGUGUUGGGUUUUGUUUUUUACUGUUACCAUUCAUCAUCACCUUCUUUUCAGUACUCUUUGAAUCUGAGGUUCCAUUAUUUCUUUU